CCUCCCCCUCCCAUCCCCCUCCCCUCUCCCCAAACAAGAAGAAAACGGUAAUCUGAAGUCCCCAAUUCCGGAGCAAUGGAUUUCCAGAAACUUACAAGGAGAGAAUUGCAAGCUCUCUGCAAGAAGAACAAAAUUCCUGCAAACGUGACCAAUGCUGCCAUGGCCGACGCUCUGAAAGCUCUCCAGCUCGUUGAAGGAAUUGAAGAAUUGACGCAGCUGUCUCAAUCUGAAACUGCACAAUCAUCCACUGAAUCACCAGUGAGAUGCGAGGUAAUGUCUCCCUAUGUGCCUCCAACUGGUGGCAGAAGCACACGCCGGAGAAAUGUUGCAAAAGAAGAGCCUGAAUCUGUUUCUGAUGAAGUAUCAGAAAUUACUGGUACCGAUAGAUGA